GUGAACCAAGACGCUUACUGCGCCCUGCCGAACGGGUUCGCCUCCUCCAGGGGCGGCUUCCUCGCGGUCUUCGACGGCCACGGACCGGUCGGUCACCUCGUGUCGCGGUACUGCAAGGAUCGGAUUCCGGCGAGGCUCAUCGCAGACGCGCACUCGCGCGCGACGCUCAUGGAGAACCCCAGGAGGGCUCUCGAGGCGGCGUUUCGCGGCGUCAACGCGGAACUGAACAGCAUCGACGGUUUGGACGUGGAGUACAGCGGAACCACGGCCGUGGCUCUGCACAUCUACGGCAGGCUCAUCACAUGCGGGUGGGUGGGCGACUCGAGGGCGGUGCUCGGCCGCGAGAACCUGGAGACGGGACGGAUAGAGGCGGUCGCGCUCACGUGCGAUCACAAGCCGGAGCUGCCCGCGGAGAGGCGGAGGAUCGAGGCCAUGGACGGCCGGGUCGCUCGGCUGAUGCAACACGGCGAGGGUCCCUUCCGGGUGUGGAUGAAGAAUCUGUGGGUGCCGGGGCUGUCGAUGUCGAGAUCGCUGGGGGACUCCAUCGCGCACAGGGUCGGGGUCACCCCGGAACCCGAGAUUCGGACGCACGAGGUUGUGGAGAACGACCGUUUCAUCGUCGUCGCCACCGACGGCAUCUGGGAGUUUGUGUCCAACGAGGAGGCGGUGGCCAUCGUCGCGGCGUGCGACGCCCCCGAGGAGGCGGCGACCGCGGUGGCGAGGGAAGCGUUCAAGCGAUGGAAGCAGAGGAACGACGGGGAGAUGAUCGACGACAUCACCGUCCUG